AGUGUAUGCAGGUCGUUGCGCAGGGAAGGGUGUGAUCAUUUGUUAGAGAGAGGAAUGGUGGGUGAAAAUUUAUAGGUUAUGGGGAGUUUGAAGACGGUUUUUUAGUUUAUUAAAGAUUAACAUGGAUUUUAAGUGAUAAUAACAAUGAUAUUAAUAUAGAAAUCAAAACAAAAUGGCACUUGUGAUAAACUCAACACAGACCCUAGUUAGCCAGGCCUACGAUUAUUAUGCAUGGACAUUAUCGUUGUCAGAUACACGAACAAAAGGAUGGCCCUUAGUAGAUUCCCCUGUUCCUACUUUGUUAUUCAUAGGUUUAUAUUUUUUCAUUGUUUGGAUAGGACCUAAAAUCAUGGCAAACAGGAAACCGUUUAAACUAUCGUGGCUACUUGUACCUUACAAUUUUUAUAUGGCAGCAUUAAAUUUAUACAUAGCCGUUAGGUUGCUGACAGCUUCAUUUCGUUUAAGAUAUAACUACUUCUGUGAACCUUGUAGGCAAAAAUACUCGCCCGACGAAUUGCAGAUUACAGAUGCUGUUUGGUGGUAUUACUUUUCUAAACUUUUAGAAUUCUGUGAUACCCUUUUCUUUAUAUUAAGGAAAAAGAAUAAUCAACUUUCAUUCUUGCACGUUUACCAUCAUUCCACCAUGUUUGCUUUUUGGUGGAUAGGAAUCAAGUGGGUGCCGAGUGGUUCUACUUUUCUACCCGCUAUGGUCAAUUCAGGAAUACAUGUUUUGAUGUAUUCUUAUUAUGGACUCUCAGUAUUUGGUCCAAGAGUUCAUCAAUACCUCUGGUGGAAGAAAUACCUAACGAUAUUACAACUGAUUCAAUUUACCUGUGCCUUGAUCUUGGGUGCAAAUGGAAUAAGAAUGGGUUGUGAAUUCCCUCUUUGGAUGCAUUACACUCUUAUAGGUUACAUGAUAUCAUUUAUAGUACUUUUUGGUAAUUUCUACGUUAAAGCCUACUUGGAAAAGGGCAACCAAGUAUUCUACGGAAUGGACUUUGGUUGCGGCCAAGGAAACAGCAAUUAUUCUCAACAAUAUACAAUACAAUCACACAAUGGAGUUCAAAACGAGAUGGAUAAAAAGCAUCGUUAACAUUCUAAAGGUUUCUCAAAAACUUUGAGAAAAGUUUUAUUUAUCAUUAUUGUUAUUUUUGACUUAUUUUUCAAUAAAUUUUAAUGUACCCCAAUUCGUUUUAACAUCAUAAAAAUACAGUCUUACAAGAGGAUAGAACAACAAACUGAAAUGUGUACGACAGUGUAUAAACUGGAAUAAAUUAUUAUCAGUAUAUUUUUGGUUCAACAUUUUUAUGAUAAACAUGUAAUGUAAACAAAAGUUGAUAAUAAUUAUCAGUUACAGGAAGGAUUUUGAAAUUUUAAAUUCUAUUUAUAGAACAUUCAUUAUUGUUGAUAUAUUCUCAAAUAGAGUGAUAGAGUUAAUUAUAAUGUAAAAAAAUGAAUAGGCUAUUGCCUCUUUAUAUAAUUACUUAUAAAUAUAUAUAAUUCAAUAUUUGACCUAAAGUUUUUCC